ACACAUUGUCACUGCGUAUUUGACGUUACGUGCGUAAGCAUCGAGCAAGCAUCGAUUUCAUCACGAAAAUUACAUAUUCCUUGUUCUUUUUGGUACUUGUUUAAUUAGAAUUAACUGAUUUUGAAUAUAAAGUAAUUAAGAGGAUCUGUGUGCAAGUUUCGAUGAGAAGGUAAAUUUAAAUUAACAUAUGUGUCACUUAUCAAAGUUACAAAUAGAAGAAGCAAAUUGGUCAAUUUGGAGUACCUGAAGCAGUUAAAUAGUUAUCAAUAUGGUGAAAAUUUAUGCACUGGGUGUGCUAUACAAAGGAGUCAACAGUGCGACACUCCUUAAAGCAGCGUACAAUCUACAAAGCUUCAGUAUAUUCCAGCGAGGCUCAGUUCAAGAGUUCAUGGUGUUUGUUAGUAAGACAAUAGUAGAAAGAACCCAGCCAGCGUCUCGGCAGUCUGUUAAAGAAGGAGAGUAUAUGUUACAAGUCUAUGUCAGAGCAGAUAAUUUAGCAGGAGUUCUGAUAUCUGACCAUGAGUACCCUAACAGAGUGGCUCACACACUGAUCACCAAAAUACUGGAUGAGUUCACAGCAGCAGUGCCUGCUACCCAAUGGCCGACAGGCAGUGAGGACAGAAUAGAUUUCCAUGUGUUGCCAGAAUACUUAACAAAAUACCAAAACCCCAGGGAAGCUGAUGCAUUGACAAAAAUACAGAAUGACUUGGAUGAAACAAAGAUCAUUCUCCAUGAUACUAUUAAGGCAGUGCUAGAAAGAGGUGAGAAAUUAGAUGAUGUUGUUGCUAAGACUGAGAGUCUAUCGAUGCAGAGUAAAUUAUUUUACAAGACUGCCCGAAAGACUAACAGCUGCUGUAAUUUCUAAGGCAUUCUGAUGUUAGACCUGACUUGGCCAUAGUUCAAUUAUUUUAAUAUGAUUUUAAUGUUAUUGACGGCUUGAUUUCAUUAUUGUGGCCAUUAUUAUACCCACUGUAAAAAUUACUAGAUAAAAUGUUAGAUUUAUUUUUCUGUCAUUCUUUACAUAAUGUCACAUGUAUUUGAUUAAGUAGGUAUUACAUAAAUGUUAUGUUUUUUGGGGUUUCCUGUAUUAUUGGACAUAUAGUGUAAUGUUAAAUGUAUGUGAAUAAUUUUAGGUAAGACAGUGGUCAAAUAAAAUAUUCUCAGUAAAAAAAAUGCUAUGAUGCCAAAUCAGAAAUCAUCACAAUGUUGUAAUUAAAGAUACUAAAUAUGGUAUCAUUUGAAAGCUUUCCCUGUGGCCUAAGUGUUAUAUUACAAUAAACUUUAGUUAAGGCUGCACACAUCCAAACUUCUAUGGGUGCAAGUUAUAGACGUAUGGUGUCUGAACAAAUAUUAUUUAGUUAUUACUUUAUAGUAGGAUCAUAAAAUGUAUGAUUUGUAUUCUGCUUGUGUGAUAAAAAUAGCAAUUAUUGAGAUCUAUAAGUAAAUUGUUUUAAGCAUAUCCACCUGAAUAUAUUGAUGCAAUUUGGUUCAUUAAAAGAUAUGCACUUUGACGGGAGACCUAGAGGUUUAAUUUCUUACUAUUCACUAGCAAAAGUUUGAGUUGGAGAUAUUUUGGGUGAUGGAUGUGUGUAAGCAAUAACCUUAUAUUAUGUAUAAACAAUAAAUGUCCUUAAUGUAGUACUUGUUAAAAAGCUAGAGUAGUAUUGAGUCAUGAGAUUUAAAUGUUUGAAAACAGGAAGUAAAACUUUAUACGAAAUACUGUCUGAAUGUAAAAGAUGUGGAAAUGAAAUAGGUACCUGUUUACUCAGCGCACAGUUUAUCACUAUAUCUUUGGUUUUCAUAUUUGUAUAUAUGUAUCUUACAUUUGCUAGCUGUACCUAUCUCUUAUCUAUUUGGGAAAGUGUUUCAUAUAAAUAAACGUUUUUCCCACAUGCUUAAGAAGUUGCCACUUAUCUUGUAUCUAUUAUUUGUUUUUAAAUCCAUAUUUUCAUGUGCUAAUGAGUCAUUUAGGCAGUGAUUCAUGCUUAUAAGUGGUACCCAUCGCUGCAAGGCAGUGAUAGUACAAAGGUUAUGCUCUUAUAAUCUAUUCUGAUAUGAUAUUUCCCUGUUAGAGGUUCAAUAUUAAUUGCGAUUCUUGUCUUAAUUUAAUUCAGUACAGUUAAUACGAUGUUUUAAAGAUGUGUUAAAACUAUUAUCAUAAAUGUCUAGAGAGAACAGAUUGUCGGAUUUGCGACGCAGUUGUGUGACGUCACAAUCAAAGGAGUAUUUUUAUGGUGCAUGCUAAACAGAUGAUACAAUGCAUUUUGAAUAGUUAACUUGCAUACAUCCUGUAUGGUACGGAAAUAGGCUUGAGCAGUAUUUUUUUUUAAGUAAAAGUAUUGCGUUAAUACUUUACCUAAUGCUAAAGGUCAUGGCACACAUGAACAGCACAGCACGACGCAGCUGUCAGGUAGCUGCAAAGUCGAUGUCAUCCCGCCAUUGGCUUUUUAAAUUGACGUUAUAAAAUGUUUUAAAUAUGAGAUACGAUUUAAAGGUCGAAUCAAAUGUAGUUAAUCGCUUAGUUGAAGCUGCCGUGCGCUGCCGUUCAUGUGUGGUACCUUAAAAUACUGCUACCAAUAGAAUAUACAGCUAUCCGGGCUAUAUGUGUUUGUAGCGGCACUACAAUUUACAACACCGCCAUCUACACAUUCGAAGAUGCAACUAUCAUCUACUAUCCUGCAUCGCACAUGCAGUGUUCGCGCGCACAGUGAACACAGACAGAUCACCCCGACAACAACUGCCGGGCAGUAGCCCACCGGACAAAAACACCUGUCCGGUCGGAGGAUCCUCCCUUUAGUGCGAGGUAUGAUGAGCUUUACUCUCUGCUCUCAUACCUCCACAUGUUCAAUAAUGACAUUUUACUCAUUGUGCACUCGUAAUGUUUUACAUUUCAGUAAAAGCUAGAAAGUAUCAAAGUAUACUGCAGUAUGAAUCUAUAACUGCCAAUUUAUACAGAUAAAACGGGGUGGCGGGUGCAUUGACACAAGGUCGCAUACCAACCUUUAACCAACCUGACCUAGAUCCUUGAGUGAUGACCUGAUUUACGUAGUGGCUGCAUUCGAUUAUACGUCGGCAUUCGGCAUACAUUUAUAAAACAAAAAAUACAGCUAUACAUUCCUACUAUGUAGUAAAUUAGAUCUGUAUAUUGUACACGGCAGCCGGGCCUUAGAUAGUUUGAUUUGAUUUGUUUAGUACGUAAAUCGUGUUUAGAGGGAAAGUAUAAUGUUGAAGUUGUGGGAGCCAACUUGAUUAUAUGGUCGGUACAUGUAAGUUAGAAGCUAAACAGUUGCCGAGCUUUUCUCCACUAAACCCCAUUCAUCUACGUGUGCCGACUUGAUAGAACACCACAAGCAUUUUGCACCCAUAUUUAUUUUAUAAUGCAUCUUAAAUUGAGGACAAAAGAAGUAGGAAUAGGUAAUGCGUUGUGGGUAAAGUGGCGUUUAUAUUUAGAUGUCUGUGGCGAUAAUAAGGUUAUAUAAUAUCUUUACCCUAGUAUUGAUAACGUUAUAAGGUUAUCCUUGAGAAUUUUGGAUGUGAUUUGAAAAAUUUAAUUGAUGUGUAAUAUCUACUUUGUAUUAACAUGUUAAUGGAAGUUGGAUGUUAUUUAUUGUAUACUUGCUUCAUGACGUGUUAGUCUAUAAAUAAAUCGAUAUUUACAAUUUA